CUGAGAAUUGAUGUUAUUUUUAUCAAUCAGAGUUAAUUUCUUAAUGGUCAAACACAAUACAAAAAGUUAAUUACAAAUGCUUUAUUAUUUAUUUUUUUAUUCUAGUUGUUUUUCCGUAUAGUUAUUUAUUGGCUACCAUUAAUCAUUAAGCGAGACAGUAUUUUUUUUCACAUAUUUGUUAAAAUGGCUUUAAUACCCGUUUAAAAUAUUUUUGACAAGUGGAAAAAUUGCACAUGACAGUACACAAAAAGAUGGCAUUUACAUAUGACCUUUAAGUGCAGGCGUAACUCCUCUUUUUGACAUCCUGAAGCACAGAAGCUGAUCUGGAAAGUUCACAAUGUCUUUAUCGACUGUCUUGGCCAAGGCAUUGUUUGACAAUGCUGCAGAAAGCCCUGACGAGCUAGCGUUUCGGAAGGGGGAUAUUCUGAUGGUGCUGGAGCAAGAUGCAGGAGGUGUGCCUGGGUGGUGGUUGUGUUCUCUUCAUGGUAGGCAAGGUAUUGUGCCAGGAAACAGGCUGAGAUUACUCCAAACCCAAAACAACCUUAUGGGAGCACCUGACCUCCUGGGACAGGAUUGUACAAAUGCUGUGAACCACAGCAGCCUCUAUCAGAGUCAAGCCACUCUGCAAGAAGCAGAGAAUAAUGUGUAUUUGGCUCCUAGUUCUGGUAGGACAACACUGAAUUCAACAUCAAACUCUAAUCCGGUGGGUGAAAAUCUUUACUUGGCACCUACAAGCUCAAAGGUCAUCGCAGGAGAGAGUUUGUAUCAGGCACCAAGCAGUGUGAAGCCAAAACCGGGAGAACAUCUUUAUUUAGUUCCAUCAGUCAGAGCGUCUCAGACUGUAACACAAACUAGUAAUGGCCCUGAACUGUACUACCAGGCUCCUGCUGGUGUCAAAAGUUACUCGGCUGCAGCUCAUCAGCUUGGGAAUGUUGAACAGGCAAAUGAAAAUGUUUACUUGGCUCCUACCAAUAAAAAACUUGUUCAUCCUGUCAGUCAUGUGACUUCAUCAGGGACAUAUCAGGCACCCGUUGGUUUAAAGGUCAUCCACACGUCUGCUCCAACUGAAAGCUUAAAUCUGUCACCUAAAAUCUCAAAGGUCCCAGAGUUUGUGUAUCAGGUCCCCACACUGCCUCCUGCUGAUGUUGCAUACCCAGAAGUGACUGAUGAUAAAGGUCCCAGGGUGUCCACUGGUGUGAAGGCCUCCAUAAAUGAUACUCCUGCACCUCAUUCCUUUUUAUACUCUCAUCGGGAACCGAAAUCGGAGAGUCUGUACAAGGCUCCCACAGCAAUAUGCUUGUCAGAAAUGUCAUGUCAGCUGUCAACCAAAGUGCCAAAUCAGGAUGCGAAUCUGCCAGCACCCACAGAGAAUUUGUAUGUGAUACCACCAAGUGCUAAAGUACCCCAGAUCUCGGCUCCUGGAUCUCAGGUUAUAAAAAUGGUGCCUUCUAAUGGGCCAGACUCUCAGACUGUAUAUCAGGCACCCAAAGUUGUAUCCUCACCCAGGAAAAAUUGCAGAGUGCCCCAGUCACGGGGCUCUGAUGUAAGCUCCUUAGCUACCACUGAUGGGAAGAAGUCCACACCUGCCAGCAUUGCUGUAAAUGGCCAAGACGUAUCACAUGUUUAUCAGUCUCCUAGGGGAGUGCAUUCUCCUAAACCUCCACAAAGGGCAAUCCAAACAUCUGCUCAGAUAAAAGGACAUAAACCGGAAAGCACAUCUCGUGCUUCCACUGAGUCCUGUCGCCCAGGACGAGCUACACUGCAAUCAUCUAAAAAAGAAAAUGCAUUGCAGACAGAGCACCGAGUAUUGGGUGUGGGCCGGGGUUCCUGCUCUCAGGGCAAAGCUGUGGCACAAGCACCUCGAAAAGAAGGUUCGUCACAAAUUCGGCAGCAUGCAUCUAGCACAAUGCAGGGCACAGUUAACCCGAGCCAGAAUCCACCUAUAGGACAGCCACUCCGAAUGUGCCAGAGGGUAGCUCCACUGUCUGUACGGGAAAACCCUAAACCAGAUAACCGAUGUGAGAAAGUUAACACCCAGUUAGUCAGGCCAGUCGAAGAAAGUUUGGAAGAAGGGAGCAUCUAUCUCACACCAUUGAACCACCCAGUGCAGAAACAGGAGGAAGAGUAUGUUGAUCCUGAUGAUGAGAAUGUUAAAAACAAGGUGUAUGACACCCCUGCAGCUGUGCUGUGGGGUAAAGGUGCUCUUCCUUUGCCUGCAGAUGAAUCCAGGGACAGUAUCUAUAAUGUUCCAAGGACCUUAAAUGGAUCUCAGCAAGGAGUAACCCAAGAGCAUCAGCCAGAGGUGUACGAUGUACCAUCUUUGCUUCUAAAAGACAUCAAAAGCAAGAUCAUUGAAGAUGAGACAUACAAUGUGCCAACAAGUACUGGCAUGGCAGCUUUUCCAGUUGGUCGACAUCCAACUGAUAACGAGGAAGAAGAUGAUGUAUACAGUGUGCCAAGUUUGACAGGCCAGUGUGGCAUUUUAAACCCAGAUGGUGAAGAACUGAGUGACAUUUACAAGGUGCCUGGUCACUCCAGUAAGCAGGAGCUUGUCUAUGAGGCACCUGUGGAUGUUCCUGAAACCGCAGAUGAAUGUGGUGUUUAUGACAUGCCUGCUUCUUUGAAUUCCCAAGUGGAUGAGACUGAUGCAUUCCUUUUAGAGCCAGAAAGUUUCAUUCGUAGACUUUCAGUUUCAAGCACAAGCAGCUGUCAGUCAAAGUCUUCCACGGAAAGUAGUCUGGAUAAUCUUGCCAGUUUGAUCAGUUCUGCUCAGAGCUCAGCUUCUUGCAUACCAAUCCCAAAGGAACUGCCUUCUUUGCUGAAUGAUAUUGUAGCUUCAGGUCGUCAAAUUCCCUUCCUGGUCUCUGAUCAGCGCUUUUCAGAUUCAUUGAACCGUAUUGCAGACAUGAUUCCUGGUCUUUCAAAAGGGCAGGUGCCUGAUUCUCUGGUGUGCCUCGUCUGCAGGGCUUUGGAGGAGGCUGCCUCCCUACUGGCAGGCCAUACUUCAACAUAUCGACCUCGUCUGUCUUCACAGGAAUCACUAUCUAGACGCCCACUGCCAGCACUUCCAGUGGCCGAAGUAAAGCCAAUUAAGUCCAGAAAGAAAGGGCUUUGUCGGAAGGGGAGCAGCAUCCAAGAGAGACCCCUUCCACCUCCUCCACCCCCUUCCUUUCCUCUACCCCCACCUCCCACGGGAGAUCCACAAAGAGAAGAAGAGACUGUGGAAAUUGCAAAUGAGUAUGAGGGAAUCGGACUGAUUACAGUGCCAAGCAAUCAGGGAGCAGAUGCUACAAACAUUCCACUCGGGGAGAGUGGAGGAUAUGUCAAGCUACAGGGACAACCUCUGCCAGAGCCUCCAAGACCACAAAGAGAGGGUCCUGCUCAAGAGCAAGAAAGCACUGAUCCAAAUCACAAGGAUGGCUGCAGUGCACCACUGUCCUCUCUUUCUGCAGAAGAUCGCCAGCUCCUAUCAUUCUACUCAGAUCAGAGUCAGACGCACCUCUCUGCCUUAACUGCAGCCAUUGAUGCUUUAUUUGCCAGCAUUCAGGGAAACCAGCCUCCCAGGGCCUUUGUUACCAAGGGAAAACUGGUGAUCGUGACGGCUCACAAACUUGUCUUCAUCGGAGACACUCUGUCCAGGCUCCUCUCCUCUUCUGAAGUCAGGUCAAAAGUCACAACAUCUGGCGCCCUUCUUUGCCAAGCCCUAAAGUCUGUUGUCCUGGCAACGAAAGGGGCAGCACUUCAUUACCCAUCAGUCUCAGCUCUGCAAGACAUGGUGGACAGAGUAGCAGAACUGUCCCAGCAUGCAGUUCGCUUUACGGGCUUGCUGCCAAGAAUGGCCAAUGCACUGUGACAAGACGAGUGGCUUGUUUCUUUAUCUUCUACCAGGUUUUUAGGGUGCCUAUCUAUUUUCUAAAAUUUUAUAAUUUUUACAAUGUUUGUAUGUGGUUCUAUUUAUGUUUUUUCUUUUCUAAAAUUUUAUACAAAAAAAAAAACAAACAAAAAAGUUAAUGAUUGUGGACUUUGCCCACUCACAAAAUCAGAAUAUAAGCGUUAAACGCCUGUACGUUUGAGCAUGCUGACCAACAGAUUUACUCAGAUUAAGAAACAGGAGUCACAUGCCUCUGACUCUGCAAGUAGAAAUCCUUGUGACCGCCAGCAUUGAUCUGAGUUUCACAAACGCCAGGAUUACCCGCCAUUCAACCUUUGUCCUGUUCUUAAGACACCAGCAGUGCAGGGGCCCCCAAAAUGUGCAUGUUGCACUCACUGAUAUAUAUAUAUAUAUUUUUUUUUUUUUUUAAGUGAAUUGUGCCAUUUUUGAAAAGCAGACAAAUAGGCUGAUGCGGGAGGCAAUCAGGAUAGGAGCAGUGUCUUGGGUUACAUAGGGGUGGUAUCACUUGCUGAUCAGCUUGUGCUUCUACUUUCAAGUUCAGGCAAGAAUUUAGGCUGGGCUGUCUUGUGAAAGUGCCUCAAGAACUCCGUGACACAGGCCUAUUGCAGAUCCUACAGUCCGGAGACUACGGGUUCAGGGGUGGGGAGGGCCUGGGAGCUGCAGAUCUAUUGUCCAGCAUUGUCUUUUAUGGGAUCAGCGGUGUUGGUCAUGCCGUCGCUGGACGGGACAACCAAUACUGAACUAGAUCUGGUGGGUAAUGUCAGUAAGCAAUGCCCAGCGGCUGUUUAUACACAGAGUGUGUAGUUUGUGUUUUGUGCCGUCACAGCUCUUGUGUUACAGUGCUGUCUCUCUUUGACAAGUGCUGGACAUUCUACUUUUGUAUCUUGUUUUUUUGUUUUUAUUUGAGUUCAAUCGAAUACAUCGUUUGCUCUGAA